AUGUUGUCAUAUUCUAAGUAUUUUCUUCAUAAAGAUUGUCAUGAAAUCUCUUCUAACUACUUACCAUCACGAUGGCAGGUUCAAGUAUCACAUGACAAUGAUGAAGUAGAUCCCCAACAAGUUAGUGUUGUCUUUGGGGAACACGUCGAUGUUGUUCAUUGUCCUCCACUUUCCAAAGCAAAUGGUCGUCCUAAACGAAGACGUAUUAAAUUUGGAAAAGAAAUAUCCCAUAACAAGAAUACUUGUGGAUUAUGCAAUGAUAUAGGACAAAAUAAUGUCACGUGUCAUCUAAAGGAAAAUACAAAAAACAAGAAGAAAAAUAUUUGUAAGGAUACAAACUUAAAUCCAGUUCUUCUUCUAAAGAUUUAG